AUGUCCGAGAGCCAUAUCAAGGUGGAAGCGGUCAUUGCGAAACAAUACCUCGCCGCCGAUCUCAAUGAGAUCAAGCAGAUGCAGGAGGAGUCGAAGAAGAGCCAGCGGAAGCUUGAGAUCGUCUGGAGGAAUGUCAUCCUAUUUGCCAUGCUUCAUUUCGGCGCUUUGAUCGGCUUCUAUCAGCUCUUGUUCCAAGCCAAAUGGCUCACUGUCUUCUGGGUGUUGCUACUGCAUGUUGCCGGAAGUUUGGGCGUCACCGCCGGCGCUCAUCGUCUCUGGUCGCACAAAUCAUACAGCGCCAAAUUGCCGAUGCGAAUUUUCCUGAUGAUUUUGAAUUGCAUCGCCCGUCAGAACGACAUCAUCGAAUGGGCGCGCGACCAUCGAUGCCAUCAUAAGUGGACCGACACCGACGCCGAUCCGCACAGCACCAAUCGCGGAAUGUUCUUUGCCCACAUGGGAUGGCUUCUCGUCAAGAAGCAUCCACAAGUCAAAGAGCAGGGAGCCAAACUCGACCUCUCCGAUCUCUACAACGAUCCGGUGCUCGUAUUUCAGAGGAAACACUACACGCUGCUAUCAAUUCUGUUUUGUUUCGUGCUGCCUGCAGUGAUUCCGGCAUUCCUCUGGGACGAGAGCCCUUUCAUCGCCUUCUACACUGCCUCGCUUCUUCGGUACGCAAUUACUCUUCACGUGACAUGGUGCAUCAAUAGUGUGUCGCAUUGGAUCGGCUGGCAGCCAUACGAUCAUAAGAUCAGCUCAGUGGAUAAUAUGUGGACGACGGUGACCGCUGUCGGAGAAGGUGGUCAUAAUUACCAUCACACCUUCCCACAAGACUAUCGAACCUCGGAGCACGCGCCAUUCUUGAACUGGACCAAGGUGUUGAUCGACACUGCUGCAGCUCUCGGUCUCGUCUACGAUCGCAAGACAUUCUCAGAGGAGGUCAUCAAGCGACAAUGUGAAGCUCAUGGAUCGCUGAAAGAGCGUGAGCUGAUGCUCAAGAAGCUAGGCUGA